CAUUGGUUUUAAACCGGUAGUGGAUGUAUGACGUAUUUAAUGCCCGACAGAUACAUGUGUAGUUGUGUGUGAGCCGGGUUGUUAGGAGUAGGAUUACUGAAAGCACUUUACUGUCCAGUGAUGGCUGGAUUUUGGUAACGUUUUGUGUGGUUAUUGAUCUGGGGUCGUGACGGGCCAAUCUAAUGUAAAAUGGCUGCAAAAAUCUUCGGCAAUGAGGACCAAUAGUUUCGCCAGGCUUCACCGCAACCGUUUUUGGUUGCAGGCACGUGGAAUGUUAUUCUCUAAAUACCGGUCUUUGAGUCAUAUCAGACGAAAAGGAAUCCUCUCUCACGUACAUAAGACACGGCGGACUAAUUUUCGGCUAAAGAAAUUGUCUAGAACUAGAGUCAAGCCUCAGGGGUCUGCUCAAGUCGCAGGCCACCUGGGUGCUGAGGUGGUUAAGCAUGACAUAACGGAAGGACAAUCACCCGGCUGCCCACUAAAGACAGACAACCCAGAGGAGGUUCAUUCAGCAGAUAUGUCUGCAGCCAUCUCAGGCUGUCCAGUUGUAUUAUCCGAGGAGUCUGCAGUACAUGCUCCACCCCUGGAGCUGUCCAGCAUCCACCUUUCCUUGAAUGUCAUUGGCCAGACUGUGGACAAUGUUCACCCAAGCUGUGCUUCACCAGAGGAGGCAGGUCAGAGGACCAAGCAGACAGCAGACUGCAGAAGUGUAAAACGGUCUCUGUCAAAGAAGAGCUCAAGGCUAUCCAGGAAUGGCAGAAGAAGAGGUCUGCCUCUGUUGAAGUGGCACAGGAGAUUGUCAAGGUUUGACUUCCAGUUCUGUCGGUACGGAGUCGAGAGCUCUUGGUUUGGCCACUGCAGGAAGGGUAGAAAAUCCAGAAACAUUCCCCACAUUUCAAACCUUAGAGACAACUCCCAAAAAGCAAAGGUGCUUCCCUACUUGUCCAGCCCAAACACAGAGCCCAAGGACUUAAUCAGGGAAGGCAGUGGCAAUGAUCUAAAGAAACUUGGGAAGAUCGAGCGUGUGCCAGAAGAGGGUGGGUCAGAGCCAGCAGAGGGAACUCUGGCGCAAAACCAGUCUGCCCUCAGCGUGUGGUCGUCAGGGCUGGAGGCUGUCUGUGGGCCUGCCGGAGGAAAUAAGCACACGUCCAUGUCCUGUGACAGCAGUGGCCCAAAAACUCAACCACAGCUGGACAAACCUGAGGGGCCCGAAAUAUCCAGGGUGGACCAUAGUCACAGUUCUGGAAUUAGUGGUCUAGAAAUAGACAAACAGACUCUACCUGCCAGCAGCCCUCCAGCUGGUGAUGGUGAGGACAAGGAGGCAGCAUUACCCCCACCUUGCCUGGUACAGGGCAGCGGGCCCCUUCGGGACCACCGCUACUGCAGGACCACAGUAGGGGCCCCCAACUCUGUUACACACAGCAAGAACCUACGCACUAAGGAGGUGGCGGGCACUAGCAGCCAGCUGUUAUCCAAACAGGUCACCAAUGAAGCGAUAAAAGAACUCAUUCACGAGUAUCUUAAGCACUUUUAUGGGAAGCAUGGCAGCUUCAUACCUUUGAGUAAGAGUGAUGUACUGAAGCACCUUAACAAUAAGCUCAACACAGACCUCAAGGACAGAAAGUCUUUAAUCUAUACAGAACUGACUAAAUACCAAGCUGUUUUAGCCAGCUCUCCAAUGCGCUGUUUCAAAGUGGUCUACAACAAGCACAUGCUGACCCUGGAGGACCUUUCUACACUGGACAACCAGAACUGGGUCAAUGAUCAGGUUAUAAACAUGUAUGGGGAAUUAAUCGAGGAGGCUGUCAAUCACAAGGUCCAUUUCUUCAACAGUUUCUUUCACAGACAGCUGGUAACCAAGGGGUACGAAGGGGUCAAGAGGUGGACCAAAAAGGUGGAUCUCUUCACCAAAAAACUGCUGCUGAUUCCCAUUCACCUAGAGAUCCACUGGUCUCUGAUCACUGUGGACAUUGCCACCCGGAACGUCUAUUUCUACGACUCUCAAGGCAUUGUGUUCAGGCAUGCUAUUGAGAACAUCUUAAAGUACAUUAUGGCUGAAGCGAAAGAAAAGGAGCAGAUGGUUUAUCAGAAAGGCUGGAAGAUGAUCAUUAACAAGAGGAUACCACAGCAGAGGAACGACAAUGACUGUGGGGUCUUUGUUUUGGAGUACUGUAAGUGCCUGGCACUGGGCAGACCGCUGCAGUUCUCUCAGGCAGACAUGCCGAAGAUCCGGAAGCGCAUUUACAAGGAGCUCUGCGACUGCAAGCUCGCAGAGUGACGUAGAAACCUGCCGUUGUCUUGCCCUGGCCCAGAGAAGGCCGCAGUCACUGCAGAGUGCACACCUGAUUUCAAAACGAACAUACGGAGUGGAAACUGGCCCCUCCCUGCUUGGAUAAUGUGCUCCCUAACAUGAGUUUAGAAAGGUGCGCUGUUCACAAGUCAGAGGAGACUGGUCCCUACAAGCCUUUGUGUUUAAGACUGGGGUUGAAGCAAAUGAAUGCCAUCAGUGUCAGUGUUUCAGGUACUCUUCUGAGUUGCCUCCACUUCUUCUGUUGGUUCACCUAUAAUCCCUUUGAAAGGGUUUUGUUUAAGAAGACAAAUUAAACUGCACUUGCAACUUUUGUUCUGCUCGGUUCUGUGUUGCUUGAUUGUAGAAGGCAGAUUGUAACUGGAAGAAGGCAAAUUUCUUGUUACUGCCUUAAAGCUGGCUUUUCAAAGCAUAAAAACUUUUUUUAACUUCGUAAUUAUUUUACUAAUUAUCAUGUGAUUUUAGUCGCCCCCAUAGAUUUUCACUGAAUGAUGUACUUGACUGAUAAACAUUAAACAGUAUGUCCAUUGUCUUGACAUUUGUCUACUGGUAGAUGAUAUGAACAUUUACUGGAAUUAUUGUUGCACUAGUUGUUUGGCGACUGUUUUCACAAGGAGUUAAUAUUGUUUAAGAAAUACAUGUCUAUUGUUAUGUUUGCUUCCAUUUACUUUUGGUUCUUCUAUUUGUGCGGAAAGCAGUUAGUGUGAAGGCAUGUGAUGUGAUUUUCAUUUCAUAAUGGGCUACACUAGCAAAAAAGGAGGAACACGUUAUUGCAUAGUGUGAUUAAGCAAAUAGUGUGCUUUAAUCCAGCACAGAUUGAUAAAAACGGCUACCGUCAGAUUCAUUUUGUGAAUUAUCACAUGGAGUUCUGGGUUAAAUCCUUAAACCAAUGUAUAUGUAUAUAAGCAAACAUUUGAAAAUGUAUGCAUAACUGCAGAAAGCCCCAUAUUUAUUUAUUGCUGCCAGAACUGUUCAAUGUAUGGAUAUGUGUAGUCUAUGAGCGAGUACUGUACAAAAAUAAUUGAAACAUUGUACAUUGAAAAAUGUUUAAUAAACAGUGAAGUCCUAUUAUG